AUGCCGCAAGACACGCCGGCCUCCCCAACCCAACCUCCGACGGCAACGCCAUCCGGCACAGGGGCCUCAGGUCAGAGCCCGCCCUCCCCACCUCCACACAUCCCCGUCGUCGCCGGCGGCCGCGCAGGCAAGGUGCUCGACGAAAUGCCCCCUGACAACCCAAGGCUCGUCGUCGCGGGCCUCGAGCCGCAGCCACGAUCGUGGGCGGACGUCCCUCCGGACAUCCUCGGGGCCGUGGCCGGCCGCCUCCCGCGCGCCGAGGACCGCGCCAGGAUGCGCUCCGUCUGCGGCGCCUGGCGCGCCGCGGCGCUCCUCCACCGCCCGCCGCCGCCGCCGCUGCCCCUGCUCGUCCACGCUGACUUCGCGUUCUCCGGCUUCUCCCCCGACGGGGCCGCCACGGGCGCGCGCCGCAUCCCGCUGCCCGGGGACGCGGCGGCCGGCGACGACGACGACGACGUCCGCUGCGUGGGCUCGUUCGAGGGCUGGCUCGCCGGCGUGCGGCCGAACGAAGGCCGCUACUUUGGCGACGGCGAGUGCUUCUUGGUGAACCCCUUCUCCCGGGACGUGCUCCGUCUCCCGCCUCCUUCCGCGUCCUCCCACUUCGUCGAUGCCCGCAGUCGGUCCCUCCCGAUCGUCGGCGGCAGCGGCGUGGUCGAGUGCACAAUCAACGCCGCACACUACGUCAUGUCGUUCUGCAAGGUGAUCCUGUCCUCCUCGCCUCAUCCUCCUGGGUCCAAAUGCAUCGUGGCUGCCUUCUCCGUGCACAGAAACUCGGCCAAGCUCGCUCUCUGGCGGCACGGGAUGGCGUCGUGGUGCGUGUGCCUCGGUGGCUGCAUCAGCAAGUUCAGCGACAUCACCUUCUACCAGGGGAAGCUCUAUGUCCUCAGCGACCUCACCACAAACCUCUUUGCCGUCGAGACAACAGACGACGACGACGACUCUGGGCUGAUGGUUUCUCGCGUCGAGCGUUGUGCGGCCGUGCUGCCCGAGGUCAAGGGCAGCUACAAGCAGAGGUGGAACCUGGUAGAAUGGCAUGGAAAAUUGCUGUUCAUCGCCAGACACUUUUUAGGUGGCGGUGUGGGCUGGCACGAUAUCUGCAAGGUUGGGGUGUAUAUGGUGGAUUUAAGCACGAGACCUCUGCGAUUCACCGAGAUCAACACCUUGGAUGGCGACUGCAUCUUCAUCAGCCCGUGCAGCAGCAAAUCGUUUCAUGCGUCGGAGUAUGAUGACGGGGUGGAAGGCGAUGUCAUCUACUUCGUCGAUGGCCAUCUCUGCCAUGCUAAAAAUGGUCCCCCACUCGAUAAGUUCUUCAUGUACAGUUUGAGAGCUAGCACAUUGGCACCAUUUGCUGCAGACAUAUCAUCGGAGCACGCCUCUCGGGCACCAGAUGGCAAGCCGAUGAGUCCAACAUGGUUGUUUCCUUCUGAAUGAACUGCGGCACAUCAACUCCGAUGUCAAUGAAUCUUUUAAUGUGUAUGAGAGAGCCCUGAUGCUAACCAUGGUGUUUGCUUUUGAAGUACUGAAAAAAAAAAGUUCAUGUUGUUGCCUGAUUUGUGACUAUUAUGAUGCUUGCCAACUUAAACUGUUUUAGUACUUCGUUUUCAAAUU